CCGGGGAGCGCGGCGGGGCGGGCGGGCGCGAUGGAGCCGGCGGAGGGCUGGGACCCGUACGGGCGGCCGGCGCGGCGCACGCAGUGGCUGGUGAGCGCCCUGGCCUACCACUACGGGCUGGACCGCGGCGUGGAGAACGAGAUCGUGGUGCUGGCCACCGGCCUGGACCAGUACCUGCAGGAGAUCUUCCACCACCUGGACUGCGCCGGGGCGGGCAGGAUCCCCGGCGAGGAUUUCCGGACGCUGUGCCAGGUGCUGGGGCUGGAGGAGGCGGCGGAGGCGGCGGCCGACCCCGAGGAGUGCGCGGGGCUGUGGGAGGGCCUGGCCCCCGAGCUCACCUUCCGCCAGUUCCACGCCCGCCUCUGCGGCUACUUCAGCACCAAGGCGGGCAGCGGCCUCCGCUGUACCGUGCCGCGGCUGCCGCUGGGCCGGGAGAGCGAGCACAUCGAGACCCAGAUCCGCCUGCGCAGCCCCCGCCGCCGCCGCCGCCUCCGGGAGCCGCCCGCGCCUGCCGCGCCCGGGAGACCCUCGGGGGAGGCGGCGGCAGAACGGCCUCCGGCGGGGCUCUGCUCGCGGGAGUGCUACGAGGAGAUCGUGGCGCUGGAGCAGGCCGAGGACCGCAUCGCCAAGCUGGAGGAGGAGAACGGCAGCCUGCGGGAGCUGGUGGAGGACAUGCGGGCUGCCCUGCAGAGCAGCGAUGCCCGCUGCUUGGCCCUGCAGGUAGGACUGCGGAAAAGCCAUGCUAGCCAUAAGGAAAAGGGGACCUGUUUUAUAGGGAGUAAGAAACUGCUAACCCAAACCCAUUCCCAGCCCAAGUGCCUUCAAAGUGUUCUGAAGGAAGCUGAACUCAUCCGGAGCUCCAGGGAUGGGCAAAUUGAAGAAGCAAUUAGGUUCAACCAAGAGCUGGAAAGAGAGCUGAAGAGCUCUCAGGAAGCGCUGGUCAGUCUGGAAGACUGCAACCGUAACCUGAAGAGGGAACAAGCAGAGAUGAGGAAGAAGGUUGAAGAGGCAAGACAUGCUGUCCUUAACAGCCUUGGCAAAGUGAAGGAGCUGGAAGUGAAAGCCAAUGAGGUGCCACAUCUGCAAAUAUACAUCCAACAGCUGGAGUCAGAACUGCAGCACUAUAGGUCAGAAGUGGCAAGAUUACAGCUUCCCUCCAGAAGCAGCCCAGGACAGAGGGAAGAAGCAGCACAACUUGAGGGGAGGUUCUGCCUGCCUGGGGUCCAGCAAGACCGACGAUCUCCCACUGGCGGAGCUGGCGUCUCUGAGAAUGCAGAGGAUCAGCUGUUUCGCUCUGUGGAGGGCCAGGCUGCCUCUGAUGAAGAGGAAGAGAAGUGGGGAGGAGACCAGCCAUCCCAGGUGGACCAAAUGAAGAAGAUCCUGGCCAAGCUUCCUUGCUGUGGCAGUGGAUGUGAUGAAAAAACGUGGAAGAAGCUGAGGUCUUACUUGGACACCACCAGUCCUGAUGGCCAUGAAAGAGCCCCUGCAGAGCUUACCGAGAGAAUCACAGAGCUAACCCAGCAGCUUGAGCUUAAAGGGCACGAGGUGAUAAAACUGGAAACAAAUAUGGAAGAGAUGAAAGGCCCUUUGCUAGGGGAACUGCAGCAGAAGGUGGAGGAGACUGAGCUGCUGAAGAUGGAGCUGCAGAUGUUGGAGACUGAGAGAGUUAGGCUGUCACUGGUGGAAGAAAAGCUCGUGGAUGUCUUACAGCUUCUUCAACAGCUUCGAGACUUGAACGUGUCUAAGCGAGCCUUGGGGAAAAUCUUGCUGAGCACUUUGGAAUCCUGCCGUGACCCCCAACCUGGAAAAGCCCACCUCUUCAAAGUCCUAGAUACUCUCCACCAGGAGCUGACAGCCUGUGAACUCUUACAGAGCCAGCCUCCAGAGAAGGCCCAAAGCCACCAGUCCUUGUCCAACCCACUGGUCAUCUCCUGCUGAGCAGCAGUGCCAGCUACAACUGCACCACCAGCUGAGCAGUGGUCCUCAGUCAUCCAGGGGCUGCUUCUGAGAGAACAGGACUUGUCCAAGACAGCAGAGCCCAGUAAUGGAUAAGUCAGGCACGGAAACAAAGGUUUGGUGCGUCUGGGAGGAGCAGUGGCUCCUCAACCACCAUCACAGCAUUCACACGACCUGAGGAUUCCCCAGCAACAUUUCUGACCCAAGCCUGACCAUCCUGGCACCAUGGCACUCUGACUCUGCUGGGUAACCGAAUAAAAAGCAUUCCAAAUACACUGACCUGACCUCUUUACAGCUCUGGUGGGUGCUGCCUGGGCACAGUUUGCAGCUCUUUUGACACAUGGAUUCAGAAGCAAAAGGCAGCCUGUGUGUUACCACUGGUGAAUAAAAGGGUGACAGACUGUGUUAUGAGAAUACACAGGGGUGUGUGCCAGGAGUGCUUAAGGGCUCCUGUAUAAGCUGUGUUUGUGUGUUCUGUAUUUCUGAUUCAGUUAUUCACCUUAUUUAACUCCAAAGUUAGAUUUGCUACUGCUCUGCUGAAUUUUCUCUUUGCAAUUAUAGAGAUGCCUUAGAAAUCUGCA